GAAAACCCACCAAACGUCACAAUGAUCAGGCUCCUUGCUCUGUCUUGCUUGCUGACGCUGGUGGCUGCUGGCCCCAGGUUUAUGAAGACCAGGGCUGAGAUUGAGGAGUAUAAGACGCUCCUGGAGAAGACUAGAGAAGACGAUGGCCUUACUCUCGAGGAGCGCAUGGAAGCGCAUCCCCAAUCGAAUGCCUGGGAGAACAGUGGCAAGUUCCAGGGUGACAUCUACCUGGAUGACGACAUCAUUGAGGACCUGGUGGACAGCUAUGCCACAGGAGAUGAGGAGGGCCGCAUGGCGUUCACCAGACCCAACAGCCGUUGGCCGAGCAACACCGUCGUGUAUGAGUUUGGACACAACGAGUUUACCUUGGAUCAACAAAGAUGGAUCCUAACCACCAUCGACACACUCCAGCAAAGAACCUGCGUCCGAUUUCGCGUCAGGACCGCUGCUGACCGCAACUUCGUCAGGCUGACCGGAAGGCCAACUGGUUGCUAUGCCAGCGUCGGCUUCGACCAGAACAGGGGCAUUCACACGAUGAAUGUGGCACGUGACCAGCCUGGCCAGGGCUGCUUGAACUGGGUCGUCAUCGUCCACGAGUGGUACCACUUGCUUGGAUUCUUCCACAUGCAGUCCACCUACAAUAGGGACGAGUACGUCCGGAUCCACUGGGAGAACAUCGAGAGAGGGUACGCCUUUGCCUUCGACCGUUAUGAUAACAGCAUCGUCUCCAACUUGGGACUUCCUUACGAAUACAGCAGCUGCAUGCACUACGGGGAACCCACUUCUUCAGUGCCAAUGGGCGCCCCACUAUUUCCACCACCAGGCACUAUGGAGGAGUAUUAGGCCAGAACUCAGUCAUCACUGGCUUCGACAUCUGGCGCCUGCAACGCCACUACAACUGUCCCGGAGCUUGGAGCGCCGCCGCCGAGAUGAAGGCACGGACCACCAACUACGCGAUGGAAGAUGGAAAAGUGGUGGAGGUGCCUGCUGACAACAAGUUCGCUGAUGAAUACGAGCUGAUCGAAGAGAAUGAGGAAG